AAUGCGGUCCUUGGACCUGGCUUCUCGGCAAUUAUCCCUGACGGGGAAGAACCGGCUGGCUCCUGGAGAUAUCCUGAGAGCACACAGAGCUUCCCCACACCUUCAGACUUGCACCUUGCUGUCGAGAAGCUGCCCAGCCCUCCUUCCCAACCCACAAUGGCCAGUGCCAAUAGCAGCGCGGGCAUCCGGUGGUCCAGACAGGAGACACGAACUCUUCUCUCCAUACUAGGCGAGGCGGAGUAUAUUCAGCGCCUCCAGACUGUGCAUCACAAUGCAGAUGUCUAUCAGGCUGUGUCUAAGCGAAUGCAGCAGGAGGGCUUCCGCCGCACCGAACGUCAGUGUCGCUCCAAGUUUAAAGUGCUAAAGGCAUUAUAUUUAAAGGCCUAUGUUGCCCAUGCCACAAGUAUGGGUGAGCCACCACACUGUCCAUUUUAUGAUACGUUGGAUCAGCUUCUCCGAAAUCAGAUAGUGACUGACCCAGACAACUUAAUGGAGGAUGCUGCUUGGGCCAAGCACUGUGAUCAGAACUUAGUGGCCUCUGAUGCCCCAGGGGAAGAGGGAACCAGCAUUCUAAAAUCUAAAAGGACUCAGGCAGCUGAUCAUCAGCCUAUCUUGAAAACAGUUAAGGAAUCAGAUGAGGAUUGUCAGCUAAGAAUCAGUGACCGGAUACGAGAAACCAGUGACCUUGAGGACUCCUGGGAUGAAUCCUCGGGUGCAGGGUGCUCUCAAGGGACCCCCAGCUACAGCAGCUCCCACAACCUUUUCAGAGGUGCAGUUGCUCCCUGUCAGAGCAGCCCCAUGGCCAGACUGGGUGUGUCUGGGGAGCCCAGCCCCUGCACCAGCACCAGCCACAGCACUCCUGGGGUAGCCUCCACUCCGCAGACUCCAGUCUCCUCUUCCAGAGCUGGUUUUGUUUCUGGUGGGGAUAGGCCCUUGACCAGUGAACCCCCUCCAAGGUGGGCAAGGCGAAGAAGGCGGUCAGUGGCCAGGACUAUCGCAGCUGAGUUGGCAGAAAACAGGCGAUUGGCACGAGAACUCUCAAAGCGGGAGGAAGAAAAACUGGACAGGCUGAUUGCUAUUGGUGAGGAGGCCAGUGCUCAGCAAGACACUGCCAAUGAGCUCCGCAGGGAUGCUGUCAUCGCAGUCAGACGUUUGGCGACAGCAGUGGAAGAGGCAACUGGUGCUUUUCAGCUAGGCCUUGAAAAAUUGCUUCAGAGGUUGAUUUCAAAUACCAAAACUUAGGAACUGAUUACAAAAGGCUCUGUUUCCUAAACUGGUAGAAGUCUAGUUCCAAAACCUGCCUUCUGAAUCCCUGGCUCCUUUUCUGUGUCCUCAGAAAAAACAUGGAUGAACCAUUAUUAUCCAGAUAGUAUGACUAUACUUACUAGUUCGUUUUCCCAAGAUUCUCCACCAAAUGGAAGACCUUUCAGAAAUGCAAGGGGUGGCCAAGUUCUAGAGAACUGGAUUGUCCUAGCUUUGUCACAGAUGUGAAGCAGUUUAGUUUACCUCUCUCCAACGGUUUCUUCAUCUGUAAAAUGGGAAUCAAUAAUAACUCCUGCCCUGCCUACCUCACAGGGUUGUUGUGAGGAUCACAUGACUCAUAGAUGUGAAAGGGUUUAAAAGUUUAAAAGCACUAAACACAUUCAAGUUAUUGAUGUAUAUGGCCUUGGCUGAGGUAAGGCACGUUAGUUUACAAGAGACGGGAGUAUGGAUGUAUACUGUGAUUUCAUUGCUUGAAUCUUUCCUUUGCUGGUUUAACUUGAUUGCUUCAUGGAGUUUGAAAUCUUAAUUUUUAAAAUCCCUGUGUGGCUCAUUAGACUUGAAUAGGCACAACCCAUAUUUGUACCUUAAUCUCGUACGUUUCCAUUGCUGUCUCUCUGACAUAUCUAUUAGCAAGCACUCUUUUAAUAGUCAAACCACUUUCUCUCCCUCGUUUUUCUGGUUCUUAGUCUCUAGCAAUAUAAGGAUAUAAGAAGUGACAGGAACCCACUAUAGUGUGUUAUGGUUUAUAUCGAUAAUCUUCAAUAUAAAACAUUGGCCGUUUUAUAAAAUAUUAAAUGUAAGUAAAUUCUUUGCAUUUCAUACAAUUUGGGUCCCUUUAGAUGCCUAAGUUACAUCUUUUACAUUUCAGUUGCCAUUUGAACAUUGUAGAAACAAUUAAGAUUAUAUCAGUUUCCAAUCUGCUUUUAGCUGAUGUCAUUCUUUUCUGUUAUUUUUUUGUCUAGUAUGUUAUACUAGACAUGUUAUACAGGGCAAGCCCUAGAAAAACUUUCCUUUUAAGGAGCUUUCCAAGGUUACUUUUCCUCAGAUGUUGUAGACAGAAGUUUGUGUAGUUGAUGGCAUCUGGUAGAAGAGAAAAGCUUUGUUUCCUGCUUUAACUUUGGGAGGAGUAGAGGAUGGUGUGGAUAAAGAGUGUCUGCAAUAGAUGACUUCUUUAAAGCACUAGCCCUGAACAGAUGAGUUCCCUCCCCUCCCCUAGACACACUUCGGGAGAGGUGAAGGUGAUAAGCGACACUUUGGAUUUACUCUAGAAGGGAAGCCAUUAUUGUCUGUCAUUAAUCUAACUUAAAGCUUUCAGUGGUUUACUCAGUACUUUUUGGAAUACAAAUAGGAAUCUUUGGGAUUUAAAAGUUUUCCCACAGUCUAGAAGCUGGAAAAAUAAAAAAAGAGUGGGCAUGUUGAAAGAGAGUUUAUUUUCUAUUUUUACAAGCUCGAAUGCUUAGCUAAAUGCUGGAAGUGCACUUGGGUGGAGAAACGGUCGGAGCAGCAGUAGAAACAUACCCAGAACCAUGAGUAGAUGGCAAGCGGGCUGCUAUGUCAACCCAGGGGUGGAGGUGUGAGGCAGCUGGCGUGGUAAAAUGUGCUGGGAUCUAGUUAGAAUUCCUGGACUCAAAUCCUGUCACAGUUUGUUUCAUCAGGCAAAUCACUUGCCCUUUUCUAUUAUCUUGUUUUUGAGACAGACUCUCACUGUGUUGUCCAGACUAGAGUGCAGUGGUGCAAUCUCGGCUCACAGCAACCUCUGCCUCCCAGGUUCAACUGAUUCUCCCACCUCAGCCUUCUGAGUAGCUGGGAUUAAACAUGUGUGCUAAUUUUUGUAUUUUUAGUAGGGACAAGGUUUCACCAUGUUGGCUAGGCUGCUCAAACUCCUGACCUCAGGUGAUCUGCCCACCUUGGCCUCCCAGAGUACUGAGAUUACAGGUGUGAGCCACUGUGCCUGGCCAAUUCAUGCCUCAGUUUCUUCAUCUCCGGAUUGAGGGAUUUGUAGCAGAUGAUUUUUUUUUGCACUAGUACCUUCCAGCUCUAAAGAAGUUUGAAAUAGCAUAAUAAAAGGCAACAUGAAAGUGAAGUUUUAAUUGUAAUAUUUUCUGUCACAGGAGCAUAUGUAUAUUUCAAAUACUGGUAACAACUCUAGCAUUCUCUGGUAUUAGUAUUUAUUAAUAUGCUCAUGAACUUGUAAGCACCACAUCAGACAUACAGACUCUUUGCUUUAAAGGAGCAUAUAUUUAAGACAUUAAAAUACCUACAGCUAUAUUCCUUUUCUCAGUUGUCUUAGGCUACUAUAUGGAAAGAUAGGUGUCAAUUAUAGGUAGUUAGGUAGAUUUUCUGGAAAAACUGAAGUGCUUGAAAGAGAGUUAGACCUGUAUUCUAUAAUUCUAUUAAUGGUAGCAAAGUGCAGAGACAGGAAUUUCUUUGAGAUGAAAGGAGUCCUGAAGAAGAGAAAUGGAAUUAAAGUUUGGACAUAGUAUUGUGAAAUUCAAUGGGUAAAGUAACCUUAAUGUGGGAAUAAAAGUGAAGGGAAAGGUCUUGAAUAAGUUAACAGAAAAAUAGGCUAAAAAUAUUAAGGGGAGGCAAAUUGCAAUACAGGGAGACAGUGCGCAAGAAAGCAAACAACCAGGAAUCUGCCUGUGUGGUGAACGGAACCGUUACUACCUGAACCCCCCUUUCAAGCAUUCAACUCAGGUUCCUCAUUUAUAAAGUGGGAAACUCAUAAUUGUCCUACCUACCUCACAGGGGUGUUGUGAGGAUCAAAGGAACCGACGGAUAUACGAGCACUUUCGGAUGUGUCAGGCACUGCCACGUAAUGAGUAGGGGGAGACCCUGAAGCACGAGUGAUACGCAACCGUAGGAUUAGCCGUGCCUGCUCAAGUCCAUCAUGUAAAUAAGGUGCUAUGUAUAACAGCUUCCCACCACCUUUGUUUUUCUGUUCGGUAAUUCCGGUGUGGACAAAUAAAGUUUUCACUUGUA